UUCGGGCAGAUGUGCUCCCAGAAUUUCCACGGCUCGUCUUCGAGAAAGGGCAUCAUCAUCAUCAAUCCGCAUCCAACAAGCCAUUGGAGCCACCAUGGCACGGAGCGAGCUUUCGAGGGGGGUCCAGGCGGCCGCCGAGUGCCUCAACAUUGCUUCACGACCUCGAUACUGCGCUCCGAUGCGCUGCGCCCAAAGAGCCUUUGCACCCUCCACCUCGCGAUACCUGUCUACCACGCCAUCACGUCGAGUUGGCAUCGAUGACACGCCGAAAUUAGAAUCCGUCUCGCAGAGCCUCGAGCCAUUCACUGCCGCUCCCCCGAUUGACUUCUCCAAGACCGAUAAGCCAUCAUCAAUGGGCAAUAAGAAGGUAUUGGAGGGACUACGCAUUGUACCGGCAUCUCCAUCCUACUUCAGCGCAAAGCCUACCUUCACGGAUGACUACAUCAGCCUGACGGCCCUCCUUCGAAAGACGGCCACCCUUCCCACCGUCACCCCUGCCGAAGCUCCCAGAGUCGCGUGGAAGUCCAUCGACCAGUACCGGAUCAUGACCAACGAGCCUGUCAAGACACAGCGUUUCCACAAGAUGCUGCACGUGCUACGGAGGCUGAACUGCAUACAUCCGACACUCAUUCCCGAUGAGGUGGUGCAGGCAAUGAAGAGAUUCAAAAAGGACAGCCAACCGGGUGACAUAGUAUCACCUCCCGGCGUGCUGGACGAGUGGGGAAGAUCAAGAGGUAUUGGUCGAAGAAAGACAUCAUCAGCCAUUGCCUUUCUCGUCGAAGGAGAAGGCGAGGUAUUGAUCAAUGGCAAGCCCCUCACCAUUUUCUUCGACCGCCUUCAUCACCGCGAGAGCGCAGUAUGGGCACUGAAAGCGACGAAUAGAUUGGACAAGUACAACCUGUUUGGUCGGGUUACAGGAGGUGGUUCCACUGGUCAGGCGGAAGCCAUGACAUUGGCGGUUGCAAAAGCGCUGCUUGUGCACGAGCCUGCGUUGAAACCCGCCCUGCGACGAGCUGGUUGCAUCACACGAGACCCAAGGAAAGUGGAGAGGAAGAAGCCCGGUCACGUCAAAGCACGCAAGAUGCCCACCUGGGUCAAGCGUUAA